UUGUAAUAAACACACACGGGUUCGAGUGGGGAAAUGAUUAACUGCGAACCAUCAACGUUAGCGGCGACGUUGGCGGCAUUGGGCAAAGGCGCCUUCUGAUUCUGGCCUCAAGUUGGUUGUCCGAAAAGAUUGCUGCCAAGACGCAAUGUUUUGCGUCGUAGCGCGAGGAUGAGCAGGAGGAGAAGCAAAAGAAGUGACCAGUCAGGUGAAGCACGGCGCGGUUCGUUCCCGCGCGUGUUAGAGCGCACCGGUUCACCGCCGUCGUCAGGCGACACGAAACCGCGCUCCUCCCAAUUCCCGUUUAUUGUUGUGUAGUUUACGGGGCACUUGGUUUGGUGGCGUGGCGAUUACUGCUGCUGCUGCUGAUGAAUGGAUGAAUGGACAAUGAUUGGUGACGAUAUGUGGCCAGGCUGUUGCCUAGAAUGUCGCCGUGGGGUGUUGGGGACUUCGAUGAGAAUCAUCGUCUUUAUCGCCACGGUCCCUCGUGCCAAGCGCCUAGAGAAGACGAACGAGGUCUUCCCAUUCGGCUAUUUGAUUGCUUUCCUGCUUCACGCGUGUACUUCCGUGUGAAGAUAACGUGCUGCCACACAGGGAGUGUGGGGAUCAUCUUGUCCAUCAUCAUCAUUACGGUAGCACCAGAAGCAACCGCAGCAACAGCAGCAGCAGCAGUAUCAUCUAGAACUUAAACCGAGUUAACGGAUGCUGUGAACGACGGGCAGCAGCAGUAAUUGGUCUAAUGUCAAGCGGCAACGGACUCGCACACACCGCGCCACACAGACGGAAACGGGCGCAAAGGAUGUUGAGGGGCGCGUAAAAGACAAGUGCCUUGGGUCCAGGGAGUGGGUUGUUGUGCGAACGCGGCACUGUGUCUGGUGCGCAUGUCCCGGAGUCCACGGGGAGGGGGAGGUAGUUAAAAGAAAAAGAUUGAUAUCGGGAUGAAAACGAGAGUGGUGUGUACGCGGUUUAUAGAUCCUUUGCUCCGACUUUCAUUUCGCGUGCCAGCAGCACAGCAGCAGCAGUGGUAGGUGUCUGCUGCAGCAGCAUUAGUGGAGGUAGGUUCACCGCUGCUGGUAGCCUUCGAUCGUGUAAACAAUAGAAGGCGGCACGAUUGGUGAGGACACUGUGCUCCAAGGAUUAUCAGGUUGUGUGGGAAAACGGUGAAUUUAGUGGACAUUUGCUUGAACAUAAGGGCGCCUCCAUGGCACCGUGAAUCCAGAAGAAUUCACACUACUGGAUCCAGGAGAAACAGUUUGACCCUCCUCUUCUUCAGGACAUCGAAAGCACGUUUCCUGUAAGGCGAAAGCUCCCGCUACUAAUACUAUCACGUUGACACACACACAUUCUAGGCAGUCAAUGUCGUCGUGUUUGUGUCUAUUCCGGCUCGGAGUACGGGAGUGUGCUGGUGAAACACUAGCACUAAGACGCAGCUACUGGUGAACGAGCCUCCAGCCGUAGCCGUGACGGAUUCUUCGACGGCAAAAAGAAGGCUCGUCUGGAAGGACGAACUGUGUCUGUGAGUGUAUGUGUUUGGUGUCGUUAGUCAGAGGCGAAUUCAACAGGUUGAAGGUCUUUAUCGACCGACAGACAAACGAGUGCUACGGCAGCGAAAACGUGAACAUAGUUCGAUGUUGGGUAUAUUGUGCGGAGAGUCUCACUGUUGUGGUGGCACUGUUUCAGAUCGCAUUGGAUCUCUUGUUUCGUGAAGCGUGGGAACUAACCGAAUCAAACACAGACGCGAGCCACGUGCGAACAGUGACCGGUGCCCGCUGAGGUGUGUGAGAUGUGCUUGUGCUGCUGCCAGCUGGUUGCCGACGAGGACGAUUGCCCGAAUCACCGCGGAUCGACGUCAUUGCUAGGACGGCGCGAAUUGCCGGGCCGCGCCUCACCGUUUAACGGUGACUACAAAGCUUCACACGUGCUGCUGCUGGUGUUGCGCGGGCUGGCGCUACGGUCCGGGGCAGCUCGUCCCCGAUAGCUCUGGUAAUUAGUGUCCGGUGGUCAAAAGUGCCCAUCAACACCUUCACCGCUAACAGCUGCGGUGCGGUAUUCGGUGACAGUGAUAAGUAACUCGUCGUCGCAUGCUAGCAGCAGCAAACGAGAGCGCCGGUGCCACGGCGAGAGAGCGUGAGUUACUAAGUGAGACUAACUAGUGAGAACCUUGCGUUGGGGUUUCGCGUUCGCACGCGGUUCGCGGCCACGCUUUGAGUGAAGCAGCGUUUGAAAGUGGCCGCAGCUGUUGAAGCGCUGCAGUAAGGUAGUAGUGCUUCGCCGAAGAACACGGCCCCGGAGGAGCGAGCCUAGAGUGUUGUCCUUACUCCUCUCGCACACACACACACACACACACACGCACACGCAUAGCGCGCCUGGCUGGUAAGCUGGUUUUCCCGCGGUACGUGAGCGGUACCAUCGACGACGGUCCAGUCCGGCGACGAUGGCCGCACUCAAGGAGCUGGGUGAGAAGCGUAGCGACGGCGGCGGUGGAAAUGGGGGCGGAAGUGGG